GCCGACUCGUUUUAUAUCCAAUACUGGCACUUCCGUAGAACCAGCAGCGCUACUUUUAUCAUAACCUUUUGCUAGACAUCUGACAAUGAGGCUGCCUUGCAAGCUGCUUGCAUUGACAUCGCUGCUUAUGCAGUCUACCUGGAGUGCGCGCAUCCGAAAGGACGUGGUUGAGAUUGAAAAUGAUACUGUGGUUCUUGUUGAUGCCACAUCUACAAUCGACAGCAGCGCAGGACGCAUCGAGUACCUGGCGUUUUCGUCACCCAGCACACCCGAUGGCACCAAGGGUGUCGUCUAUGCACUGGCUGACAUCCCAAAGUGCAAGCCAGAGAAGCGCGACGAAGCGUACCUGGCAGCGGCGUAUAUCCGCAUAGCCCUUUUGUCAGACCAGUUGAACUGCCCUAUCGAGACCCAAAUAGCGCAGGCGCAGUUUGACGGAGCCGUCGGUGCGAUCGUCUACAAUACAUCCAUGGGCGUACAGGAUCUUGGUGCCUUCCUCAGCGCGCGGCUGAUAAAGGAAAGACCCCUGAUUCCACUUAUGCUGACUGACAGAAACUAUGGAACCAUUCUGCGCAGCGAGAUCGAUAGCCUACAGGACGAGGCCAUGUAUGAUCCUAUCGGCCGUACACGCGCCAUAUUUGCCUCUCUGUAUGGCGACGAGGAAGGCGAUAAGCUGACCGGCUGGGAGAUUUCGCUGAUCACUCUAGUGGUUAUUCUGGCACUGUGUUUCUGCACGUCGUUGACCUUCCAUGUGUCGUCGAGCCGCCGGCGCCGGGCUGCACAUGCGCAGCGUGACGAGUCUGCGGCUGGGCUUAACAAGCAGAUCCAGACGCUGCCUGCCUGCGCCCUCGAUCGCCUGACGCUGCGAGAGGUCACUGAGCAGGACGUGCAGGUACUGAGCGAAUGUGCUGCACCAUUGGCAUCGAUGCUUAGUGCUGACAUUGCCUAUACUGUUCGGUCAAGGCCAGCUACCAACUGCAGCCAUGCAUCUCAGCACGCAGCUAAAUGCAGCGAGGGAGAGAAGCAAGGCAGCAUUGCCGACACUGCCAGCGAAAAAACGUGCGAAAAUGAGGUGGACGAGGCCGACUCUAUUCUCAAGGGCUGCAUUUCGACAUGCAUUGUGUGCAUCGACGAUUUUGUCGUCGGGUCCAAGGAUGCGCAUCCUACCUGCAUUGACCCAUGGCUGACGUCGAAAUCGUCACUCUGCCCACUGUGCAAAUACGAUACGCGCGAUGUAUUGACUGAAUUGGAAAAGUCACACGUGGGACCAAAUUCUAUGGCCAAUGAGUUGGGAUUUGAAGAUAUUAUCGGCAGGACAUAUGCUACGUCAAGCGAUGCGAGCAGCUAUCUCAACAGUACACGGUCGGGCUUGCCGUUUGGUGGACUACUGCGUCGCUUUUCAUUGGUGUCUCGGCGCCUCUCUCUACCUCUACCGGCAUGGGGCAUGCGGCUAGCCAGCCGUACGUCUCUGGAGAAGCCAUCGGACCGCGCAUCGCGGCCAUUCGAAAACACCAACGCCAUCUUAACCGCCUCGCAGCCGAUUAGUUAUGUCAUGGAUAUUGAGGAAGAUCCGGACCUCUUUGAGGUAUCGCGCUAUAUUGAUGACAAUGCGGUGAUAGAAAUCGAGACCAAGGAUCCUGAACGGUCGCCCAUAAUGCCAUCGUCCAAUCUGCCAGCCGCGACGCCAGCGGAGUCUGCACCCAGCCCGGCGACUAGUAAGAGUCGUGAUCACAGCCAUGCGGUCGAUGUCGAUUGCGUGGAUGCAGGUGGCAAGAGGCAGCUCUAUGGCUUAGUUGAGACUGACUUGAACAGCACUGAUCUGCCCAAGUUCAUGGACCACCCUAGCUCCUUUUAGUUCUGUCUGUUUAGUUUUGCCUCUUCAUUUUCCUAGCUUUACCCGCUCGUUCAUAUA